AUGGCCUGGAAGAACCACAGCUCUAUCACUGAGUUUAUUUUCACCGGGCUGUCUGAUGACCCCCACAUCGAGGCUCUGCUCUUUGUGCUCUUCCUGGCCAUUUAUCUCCUGACCAUGAUGGGCAACCUGAUGCUGCUGCUGGUGAUCAAAGCUGACUCCCACCUCCACACCCCCAUGUACUUCUUCUUGAGUAAUCUCUCUUUUAUAGAUCUCUGCUUCUCCUCAGUCACCCUGCCCAAGCUCCUAGAAGACUUCCUGUCUGACAAGAAAACCAUCUCAGUAGAGGGCUGCCUGACUCAAGUCUUCUUUGUCUUCUUCUCUUCGGGAACAGAAGCCUGCCUGCUCUCCGUGAUGGCCUAUGACCGCUAUGCUGCCAUCUGUCACCCACUGCAUUAUGGCCAGGUGAUGAGCAGUGGGCUGUGUAUGCGGCUGGUGCUAGUCUCGUGGGGUGUGGCUUCCCUCAAUGCGCUCAUCAUCGUACUCUUGGCUGUCAGUCUGGACUUCUGUGAGGCCCGGACCAUCCAUCACUACACUUGUGAGCUGCCUGCUCUCUUCCCUCUGUCUUGUUCAGAUAUCUCCGUUGCUGUUAAUAUCCUGCUGGGGGCCAGCUUAAUGCAUGGGCUUGGCACCUUUAUCCCAAUCUUUUUCUCCUAUGCCCGUAUUGUCUCCACCAUCUUAAGGAUCAGCACCACCACAGGCAGAAGCAAAGCCUUCUCCACAUGCUCCUCCCACCUCAUCGCAGUCACCUUGUUCUUUGGUUCGGGUUUUCUUUGCUAUCUUAUGCCCCCCUCUGGUGGCUUCCUGAAUUUGCUCUUUUCUCUGCAGUACAGCGCAGUCACACCCAUGCUGAAUCCUCUCAUCUACAGCCUGAAAAACAAGGAGGUGAAGGCCGCCGUCAACAGAACAGUGAGGAAAUAUCUGAGUUUUAGUUAG